GCCGCUGCCAAACACCAAACUGCUGCCGCCCCGCAUCGUCAUCUUAAUUUCUCGAGCUUUCUUGUACUGCAUACCACACCGUAUCACGCCAUCAUCAUGUCUAGCCAGCAGCAGAUUGAUCCCAAGAAGCAGCAGGAGCUCCAACUCCAGUACACCAACUUCAAGAACACCCUCCAGCAAUUAGCACAGAAAAUCGGCGAUAUCGAGCAGGAGGCUGAAGAGCACAAGCUUGUUAUCGAAACCCUCGACCCUCUCCCCCAAGACCGCAAAUGUUUCCGCAUGGUGAACGGUGUUUUGGUUGAGCGCACCGUUCAGGAAGUUCUUCCCACACUCAAGACGAACUCGGAUGGACUGAAGUCAGUAUUGGAGGAUAUGCUCAAGCAAUACAAGUCAAAGCAAAACGAGCUGGACUCUUGGAAGAAAAAGAACAACAUUCAGGUUGUGCAGCCUUAG